UGCAUCACGGAGGAUUGGAAGCGGGUGGGGGAGAUUCAGGCUAAGACUUACCCUAUUACACUACAAAUUUGUACCCAGGGUUGUGUUGGCCGUACCGAUUUUAAACGUAUUACCAUUGUACCCGCUCUCACAUCCCAGCACAGACCUGACAUCCCCUCUAAUGUCGGAUUUCAAGCUUGGGAUCGUUCGACUUGGCCGUGUGGCCGGGAAGACAAAAUACACUUUGAUUGAUGAGCAAGACAUACCUUUAGUGGAAAACUAUGCUUUUGAGGCUCGCAUGGAAGUUGAUGCGGAUGGGAAUGGGGCCAAAAUCUUUGCUUAUGCCUUUGACAUAGGCAAGGGCAGGUGGGCAGGUCGACCACUGCAUGAGUUACUCUGGGAAAAGCACAGAGGGGGUAUCGCUCCAAGCUUCCAAGUAGUUCACAUAAACUCAGUCACAGUGGACAACCGUCUAGAUAACUUGCGGCUUGUUCCUGUUGGAUGGUGUCCUAAACCAGAAGAGCUGUCUAGCAAACAAAGAGAGCAGUCGCUGUACUGGCUGGCUAUCCAACAGGUUCCUGCAGACCCAGUUGAGGAGCAGUAUCUAGAGCUGAGUCGCACACGUUACUACAAUGCCAACGGAGAGCUGGUGGAAGAGGAGGAAUGCUCCUGCACCUACUACGAGUGUCACUACCCACCCUGCUCGCUUAUUGAGAGGAGGCUGAGAGAGUUCAACAUCUGUGGCCGAUGCCAGGUGGCGCGCUACUGUGGCUCGCAGUGCCAACAAAGAGAUUGGCCGGCCCAUAAGAAGCAGUGCCGCGAACGUAAACGAGUUCUGGCACUGGAGUCUGAGCCUGAACGAUGAGCUCCUCGACCCCAGUUUUAAGAACGGGCGUCAGAGGGGUGUGGGGUGAGAGUUGAAAUGCAAAAACUGACUGAAAGGAUAGGAGACAAUAUUGGUGGGUUGGAUGGGCCAUUUGGGGAAAAAAAACUUGCUUCCCUGAACUUUCACAUCUUCACAGGUUGCCUGUGGGGAUUUUGGGAAAUUUAGUUUUUUUUUGUUCAGAGGAGGUCUUAAAAGCUCCACCUGCUGCUAUGGAUGUGUGUUUAAUGAAGAAAAACACCAUGCCGUCAUAACUCUGUGGACUGCAGGUAUUGACAGUCAUGCGCUUGCCCGUUCCAUCCAUCCACCUGUCAUGAAGUAUUAGCCACUGGUUGCGAGGGACAAAACUACUGUACAACUGAAAGGAUGGAAUACGGACCUCUUCACUGUACUACCCUUCCCUUUCCUCUCCUGGUUGAACUUCUUGUGCACAUAACUAAGCACAUAGUCACCCACCUGCCAUACCUUCUACAAGAAUACAGCCGAUAGCUGUGCAAAACCACACCACCAGUAUUGUGUGUGCAAUGCCAUUAUUGACUGAAGGACAUGGAUGAAAUGGUUGAAUGUUUCCUUUUUUAUUAUUAUUUGUCAGUGGGAAGUUUUGGGGGUGGUGCUGGGGAAUAUGCCUACUUUGGGGCAGCGUCACUUUUUGCAUACCCAUUUUUAAAAUGCAUUACAGUCCUAUUUACGCUUUCCACUCAUGUAAUGUUUCGUUUUGCUUACCAUAACAAGCACUCAGUUUAGAGGGAUGUCCUGGGAAAAACUUGAAAACCCACACAGAAAGUUGACUAAUGUUGUCAACGUGUACUUGGAUGCAAGUUGUCAUUUGGGUCCCAGUCAUUCAAUGAUUAGUCUUCUGUUUGUCUUAAACUUUUUGUCAAAGUGAGCGUAAUUUAUUAAUUUUUCACUUUUUAAUCGCUCAUCUUGAUUUAAAUGUGCACACAGUUUCCAAGUGUGUCUUCCUCUUACGUCAAGGGCAACUCUACCAAACUGUGACGUGCACCUGCAAAUGCGCAUGUAUAACGGAUAUGUACAUGUGGUGUUUACCUGUGUGCGUAUUCCGAAUAAUUUAUUAUUGAAUUAUCUGGUUGGGUUGAACACUGUGCACUGAAUAUCCACACAUUGAUCCUCACUCUUUCUGAGAAAUGGGAGUCUUGGGUAAGGUGGGUGUCUGUUCUUUUUAUUUUUUCUAAGCUAUUACCAUACAAACAUAAAAUGCAUAAAUAUGUGAAUGGACAAAGUUUGUGAUAACUGACCAUUUCUUGUCACUGUAAAAUAUAAGAAUAAAGUAAAUAAAAUAUUAAA